GGCCGCUACUAGAUGCUGAUCUACUGCAAAUUUCUAAUAGUGGUCUUUAUUUAGAGUCUUGUAAAUGAUUAUUGCUUCUCCAAAUGUGUGCCUCAUGGAAGAGGGAUUCUUGUUUCCCCAAAUGGCCCACCAUAAGGUUUUUAUUUAUAGACUAUACCUAGUCUUAAUUAUUGUUCUUUUGAUGAAACAACCUUUGUGUUGCUACACACGGGUGCCUGUACUGUAUGAGAAGUACGAGGAUCAAGUUGAUUCGUUUUCAGAGAAAGCAAUGAUCAAGAUCAAGAAACAGUAUGCAGUGCUUGAUGCCAAGGUUCUCAGUAAAAUUCCAAGAGGACCAUUGAAAGACAAGAAAAAGGGCUUAGGGAAGCCAAGGUAGUCAAUGUGUAAUAGACAUUUGGGUUGUUGUAAGUUUGUGGGUGAUUGUCGUGCCGUUUUGCCUGUCUUUGUUGGUUUCAUGUUUUCAAUUUGUUAUCUGCUGUUUCUACUGUGGGUUGACAAUUUAGAUGUAUUUGAGUAUUUUAGUGAGUUUAGCCUUUUAGGUUUUA